CACCACCUCCCUUGUUUCACUUCACAAUAAAAUAAAUUUGAGUAAUAAAGCAUGAGUUUUUUGGUUCUUCAAUGUUGGAAAUUAUCAUCUCCAUCUCUGAUUUUACUACAAAAUACAUCAAUAUCCAUGGGUGCAUUCAAAGGUAUUCAUAAACUUCAAAUCCCAAUUUCGCCUCUGACAGUGUCUGCUCGUGGACUCAACAAGAUUUCAUGCUCACUCAGCUUACAAACCGAAAAGCUUUGUUCUGACAAUAAUGAUAAUGAUCUUGAUGAAGAACUUAUGCCUAAACACAUUGCUUUGAUAAUGGAUGGUAAUAGGAGAUGGGCAAAGGAUAAGGGUUUAGAAGUAUAUGAAGGUCACAAACAUAUUAUUCCAAAAUUAAAAGAGAUUUGUGACAUUUCUUCUAAAUUGGGAAUACAAGUUAUCACUGCUUUUGCAUUCUCUACUGAAAAUUGGAAACGAUCCAAGGGGGAGGUUGAUUUCUUGUUGCAAAUGUUCGAAGAACUCUAUGAUGAGUUUUCGAGGUCUGGAGUAAGAGUGUCUAUUAUUGGUUGUAAAUCCAACCUUCCAAUGACAUUACAAAAAUGCAUAGCAUUAACAGAAGAGACUACAAAGGGAAACAAAGGACUUCACCUUGUGAUUGCACUAAACUAUGGUGGAUAUUAUGACAUAUUGCAAGCAACAAAAAGUAUUGUUAACAAAGCAAUGAAUGGUUUAUUAGAUGUAGAAGAUAUCAACAAGAAUUUAUUUGAACAAGAACUUGAAAGCAAGUGUCCAAAUCCUGAUUUACUUAUAAGGACAGGAGGUGAACAAAGAGUUAGUAACUUUUUGUUGUGGCAAUUGGCUUAUACUGAAUUUUACUUCACCAACACAUUGUUUCCUGAUUUUGGAGAGGAAGAUCUUAAAGAGGCAAUAAUGAACUUUCAACAAAGGCAUAGACGUUUUGGUGGACACACAUAUUGAGGAACAAAAAGAGGUUUCUAGUAUCUCUUGUUUAAUGUGUUUUUUUUUUUCUAAAAUAAUGUCAUGUCAAUUUGUUAAAUCUUACAAGCAUCAUUAUGCACGAUGCUAGUUCAAUAAAAUAACAAAUUUCAAA